AUGGAAGCCGAAGUGGAGUGGCUGGAGACCAUAUCGGGUUCUGCAUCCGGUUCACCGUUCGGACCUGCAAGUCCUGGCAUGCUCACGUCUUUCACGGCAGGAGCAUUAGCCGGACUGGCAGUGGACAUCACACUUUUCCCCCUCGACACUGUGAAGACUCGCCUUCAGAGUCAAGGCGGUUUCAGGGCUUCAGGGGGAUUUCGUGGCAUCUACGGAGGCAUCGGACCGGCUGCCCUGGUGGGUGGCACUCCUAUUCAAUUUCAAAUGAAUUGCAUCUUUUCAGCUGCCAUGUUCUUCUUAACUUAUGAAGGCACAAAAUCCUUGUUGCAUGGACAGCUUGGGCACAAAUGGACCCCUCUCACACACAUGCUCUCAGCUGCUACUGGAGAAGUAGUUGCGUGCAUAGUACGAGUGCCAGUCGAAGUGAUCAAACAGAGGAGACAGGCAAAGCAGCAUUCAACCAUGAUGGAUGCCGUCACGAAGGCCUACCGGCACGAAGGGGUCCGAGGGUUUUAUAGAGGGUAUGCGAGCACGGUGAUGCGGGAAAUCCCAUUUUCCAUCAUACAGUUUCCCCUUUGGGAGUGGAUGAAGGUCUCAUGGGCUGCAUUCUCACACAAGUCACAAGUGUCUUCAGCACAAUCCUCUGUCUGUGGAGCAGUUGCAGGAGGAAUAGCAGCUGCAGUGACGACCCCUUUGGAUGUGGUGAAGACAAGGAUCAUGUUGGCAGAAAGAGAAUCUGUGAUAGCAACAGGGAAGAUUAUCCCUACCCUAAGGACCAUCUAUGUUGAAAAGGGAAUCAGAGGACUGUUCAGUGGUAUAAUCCCAAGGACCUUGUGGAUCUCCCUUGGUGGUGCCAUUUUCCUUGGAGUGUAUGAGAAAGCAAAGGAGCUCAUUCAAAGGAAAAUUUCCUGA